AUGAAGAAAAAACUAGCCACGCUUUCGGAUAAAUUGAACAAACUUUUCGCACCGGAAGAACAGCAGCAGUCGGAAGAGUCGGGCGAUGAAACAGCGCCCAAGUUUAGUGAGUUUGAUGAAGCACCGGACGAUGCGGUCAAGGAUGCGGCUUUAAGUGAGUUCCGCAAGCGAAACAUUCGCUUUCUGGAAGAGUUUGAUCGGAAGUAUAAGGGAGCGGUUUCUUCGCGAAAUGAGACUUUCGACGAUGAAGACGAUGACGAUGGUGGAUCCGACGAGGAUGAUGAUGAUGAAGAGGAAGAAUCCGACAACAAUGAUGAGGAUGAUGACCAGCUAGAGGAGGAUAGUAAUGUGGAAGUACAUCGUAAAAAGAUUCCAAAAAGCAAAUCCAAAUCGAUUGUCUUGCUCAAGCCACCUCAAAGCGACGAUGAUGAUGAUGAGGAGGAUGAUUCCGGUGAAGAAGAUUAUGAGGAAUCAUCGGAUGACGAUCAGGAAUCCUUGGCACACUACACGCAUAGCAAUAAACAGCAACCCUCGACGCAACAGAUGACUCUAAUCAAAGAAGAAAACCGUCAGGAAACAAUCAACAAAGGUUUGGCGGUACAGAACCAACUUAAAAUUUGGGAACGUUUGCUAGAAAUGCGCAUCAAGGUGCAGCCCUGUUUGAUUGCCUCCAACAGUUUACCACCGUCGUCAUCGGUGUGCCAAAAACUCGCAUCUCAGAAUGAAGAAUUUCGGCAAAAGUCAGAACAGGCGUCACAAAUCAUUUCCGACACGAUGGAUCAAUUGCUCGAACUUCAGGAAGUUCUAAUGGGACGGUUUUCGGAGACAAAGACCCUACUGAAGAGUGGGUCGAAGCGAAAAGCAUCUUCCAAUGCGGGAUCCAAACCCAAACAGGUCACAUUGGACGAAUACGAGCAGAUUCUUGCUAGCAGGCGCAAGGACAUGGAGGAGUAUCGUAACGGCGUACUGAUGAAGUGGCACGAUCGGAUCAACAUUGCGUCAAAGAUGCGAAACAACCCAAGACAAUCAUUGUCGGUGUUGAAGAAAAUCGAAGAAAGUCUUAUUAAUCGUGAAGAACUGGUGCGUAAAACGCAACUUCACCGGGGCGGUUAUACGCUGCUAGGAAGGCAAGCCUCAUUAGCGGAAACGGCAGCGGCCAGCGAGCAGCGAGAGGAUAACCGAGACACGCAAGAGCAAACCCCAAGCUCAGUUUACGAUGGGGAAAUUUUCGAUGAUUCUGAUUUUUACCAUCAAAUGCUGCGAGAACUUAUCGAGUACAAAACUAGCACGACCGAUAGUCCGCAGGAGAUUGCUAACAAGCUGGCGGAAUUGCAGAAACUGCGCAACAAGAUGAAGAAAACCGUUGAUACGAAAGCAUCUAAGGGACGGAAAAUACGGUACGUUGUGCAUAACAAGCUGGUUAACUUUAUGGCACCCGUGCCCGAUUAUGACUGGACGGACGAGGCGAAGGAUGAGCUGUUUAGUUCGCUUUUUGGCCAAACACCUGCCACGGAAGAGCGAUAG